AUGAUUCCCAUUGGUAUUAAACGCAAAUGGGAAGAUGUGGAGUUCGAUUCAGACGAAGAUGAACCGUCUUUCGGAAAACAAACAUUGCCCGUAGCCAAUCUACCAAUGAACUUUGACCGCGAACCGGAAGAUGGUUUGGAAUAUCUGUUCACGGUCAGACGCGAUGCACGGCGGCUACCGCACGUCACGAGAGUCGCUAACCCAUACGAACUGCCAGAACUUGUUCCGCCCCUUGGUCUUGUGCAGCCCGCCGACAGUACAUGCGGCCACCUUCCCUCUGAACAUUGGCGCUCUACUUUCUUAACACACUUUCGAAAUUUCAGAAAGAAUAUCGCUCAGCCAACUAUCCACGUGCAUAUCGAUCUACAUGGACCACGCAAGGUGAUGCCAGAUAAGAAAGAAAGAGAUUUGUGGUGGACAUUUCUCGCCGGUUUACCGGAAUCUGACUGGAACCCCCCCAAAAAACCAAAGAAGUCAUCGUCAAAGAAAAGCAGAUACUCCAGUCAUACGCGAGCGUUCUGCGACGAGUCAGAGGUGGAACAUGACAUCAAUGACGGGCAACAUCAUCAUGAAACUCAGGAGACUUGGCGAAUCAAUCCAGAAGGCGAUGUUGAACUGGCGGAGGAUAAACUAGCAGAUACACCACCAUCCGCAGCUCAGCCACUGUCAAUUGGUUCUGCUUUAUCUAUGUCACCAGCGGAGACAGAAUCCAGAAGCACGGGUCCACUGUCAACCUGUCCAUACCCUGAACACCCUUGUAACCCUCGUGAGAUCACUCCCUCGUUGCUGCGAAAAAUAGACCAUAACAUGUCCCUUCACCUUCUGAUGUAUUUCGCUCACUGGAUGAACAUUCACUUGCAGCACCCCGCUGACCCGACCUUUGCGAUACUCGAGAGUCACGCACGUUGGAUGUUUGCAUUGUUGGCCAAAGUAGAAGACUUCAUUUCAGCAGAUGACAUGAGCCAACUUAGGAGCCUAGCUCGCGUUUGUUUGGAGCUACUUGUUCGGCGACAGAAAGCCGGGGAGGCUGGAGUGCCUGACAACAUGUCAUCCAAAAUUGGCAUGGCCGAAACAUCAUGCUGGAUGAUUUUUACUGCCGUCUCUGGCAUAUGGGGCCAAAGUGACCUUUGGCGGGACGCAGAAACGGUAUUGGCGAGUACUUGACGUCGCAUGGUUAUAUCACUGAUUACUUUAGAGCUCAUUCAAUGGCAAUCAUGCGAACUGAGCGGCCAUCCGGCUGAGCACUGCUGACCUUCGUCCUGUCAACGCCACUUUGUUUGUUGACUUCCUCCAAGUCGGAGGCAUGGUUGUGAUAAUGUUUGAUAUGCGAAAGGAAUGAAUGAUCAGUGCGUGAUUCCGGUGAUGUCGGGCGCUCUUUGCUCUUCGUGCCUCUCCGUCGCCGAUUACC